ACAAGACAGAAAUGUCCGAGGAGGAAGCAGCCCGGGGAAUCCAGUACUUCUAGAAAGCUGCUUAAAACACUGGUUUCACGCUCUUGGGUCAGCGAACCAAGAGUGUAAUUUGGGGGUUUGCUGGUAGGACGUAAUUUUCACAGGCCUCCUGAGAUACCCUCAUAGACACAAAGAUAGAAUGAAGGUGGGUUGGGAGCUCCAUCAGGUCAGUGGAGGUUUCCGGGAGCCGCCCUUUCGGGCCGAGGCGCUUCCCCCCCACUCUACAGAGGGCGCUGUGGGCACCUCCGCUACACAGCCCCGCAGCAUCCCCGGGGAGGAGCCUCUCCUGUAGCCGCUGCCGCCUCCGCGAUCGCAAACCCGGAAGAAGCCUCUGGUAGCUGGACUGUGCCGGCGGGCCCGGCACUGCCAUGCAUCCCAUGGAGGUAGGUCUGGUUCCCGCUCCAUCGAGGGAGCCGAGACUGACCCGCUGGCUGCGGAGAGGCAGUGGGAUCUUGGCGCACCUGAUAGCUUUGGGCUUCACCAUCUUUCUGACAGUGCUGUCCCGGCCCGGAACCAGUCUUUUCUCCUGGCACCCUGUGUUCAUGGCCUUGGCGUUCUGUCUCUGCAUGGCUGAAGCUAUUCUACUCUUCUCACCUGAGCACUCCCUGUUUUUCUUCUGCUCUCGAAAGACCCGGAUUCGACUCCACUGGGCAGGGCAGACCAUGGCCAUCCUCUGUGCUGUCCUAGGCUUGGGUUUCAUCAUUUCCAGCAAGAUCCGAAGUGAGCUGCCCCAUCUGGUGUCCUGGCACAGCUGGAUAGGAGCCCUAACGCUGCUGGCCACUGGAGGACAGGCACUGUGUGGGCUCUGCCUCCUCUGUCCACGAUCAGCCCGGGUCUCAAGGGUGGCUCGCCUAAAGCUCUACCAUCUGACAUGUGGCCUGGUUGUCUACUUGAUGGCUACAGUAACGGUGCUCUUGGGCAUGUACUCUGUGUGGUUCCAGGCUCAGAUCAAAGGUGCAGCCUGGUACCUGUGCCUGGCACUGCCAUUGUACCCAGCCCUGGUGAUCAUGCACCAGAUCUCCAGCUCCUACCUGCCAAGGAAGAAAGUGGAUAUAUGAAUGCCUCCAAACUCUGAAUCUAGAUGGGAUCCUUGCCUUGGAUUUCAACAGUUCCUUGGUGAUCUUCACAGGACCCACUUCGGAAGUAGAUGAAUUUUGCACUUCAUGGUUGAGCCACAGUAUGCAGAAACCCUAGCUGCUACUGUUGAGGCAUGACCCAGUGGGCUCAAAUGGGGAAACUGUGUGCAUAUGGAAGGUUAUGGAAAACCUGAAGCUUCACUCUUGAUGAGAGACAGAAAUAUUAGGUGGUGGUGAUGAUGGUGGUGGUGGUGAUGAUGAUUUCUUGUUUGUGUGCCUGAUGAAGAGUUCUUGCAGGAUAUGAAUGACAGCCACGGAUACUGGGGUCCCUGUUGAAAAAGCAGUGCUAUGGAGAGCCAUGAUCUCUUAGGCAGUGCUGUACAAUCAACCUUAGACACGUUCCAUCUCUCAGGGCCUCAGUUUCUGCAUCUGAAAGUCCCUUAUCUUUAGCAUCGGUGUCUGACAGAUUGAUGUCGCUGAUACCCUCUUAGCUCUGGACCAUGUGGGGCAGCUCAGGAGGUAAUUCUUUCAUCCAUCCUUCCUUUACUCCCCUGGAAGAACCCUUUAGAAAUCAUGCUGACUUGACUCCUGAACCAAGGAACAGGGGCCAUGAACUGUGGAAAGAAGGGACCCAGGUGAGGGUCUCCUGAACAGUAAGGUAGUAAAGGCACUGAAGUCACUUUAAAGUUCUUUAGAGGAACUGAAGGCAUUGGCCUUACCAAGCCCUUGACUCUUGGGCUCCUUAGCUAAGAACUUCCUUCAGGCUGCCUCUGAGUAUGCUCCUGACAUUCAUUCUCAGGGCACAGUGGUCCUGGGCGGCUUACACUUUGCCCUUAGGGCUUAGAGUGUUUACUCAACAUGUUCCUCCAUGGAACUGUUCUGAAGCUUUUAGAACAAAAUAAAAACCAAGGAGUAGGCCCCUCUUGACCUAAAGAAAACUGUCUCUCCCUGUUGCCCUUCUUUCCUUGUCAUUUAAGCUUUCCUUAGUUGCUGUCUCCAGCCAGCCGGGCCUAAGAAUGGGAUGAUGUUGAUAACUGUGCUCUUCCCUACCGAUAUACCUCCUUGAUCCAACUGAGUUCCACAGAGCAUCCUCGGUUGUGCCAGCUACAUGUCUAACUAGUAAGCUGUGGUGUAGGUCAAUCUAGGAGAUGGGCCCUGUAUGGAUCUUAAUAAGGACUACAGCCUGCUGAACCAGAAAAAGUACCCAUGCAGCUUUCGACCUGGGAGACAGCCAAUCAAACCCUCUGGGGGGCCUGCAGUCUAAGGGCUAGAGCACCAGUUCUAGAGACAAAGUGUUGUGUAUCUCAGAUCCUCUGAAAAUCUCAGAGCCUCUUCUCCUUGUGGCUCAGAAACAAGGCAGGUGGGAUUCUCUAGUACAGGAGUGGGGACUGGGGGCAGAAGCACUCUCUCAGCAGACCCCACUGUGCUUUCCUCAGGGAGCUAGCAUGACUCUAAGCUCUCUAGAUACAGCUUGCCCACAGAGGCCCCUGCAGUGCAGAGGGGAACUGUUCUUGUCUUUUUCGAAACCCUCUCUCCCUCUCAAGCCAUCCAGUGUGCUGUGAACUUGGAGGAAAUGUUUACCCGGUCACAUGAAAGAGACUCUCUCUAGGGUCACUUUGAUAAAGGCCAGUGCCAGGGGCUCCCUAGGGUGGGCCAGGUAAGGUCCAGUAGCUUGUUCGCAGAGCUCCGAGGUAAUGCCAGAAAGCCUGAGCCUGCCUGAGGUGUUGCCUCCUCCCAGGUGGUGCGGGGGCUGGUGGGCGGGCGGGCAGGCGUGCUGACAGCCGGCAGUUUGCGUGGGCUGUGCCAUCUGAUGUCUAUUCCCAGCCCCGGGAGGAAGGGGAGUCAUUUAUAUUCUGCAGGAAGAAGGGACCCAGCUGUCGCUUCCUCUGACCAGUGGGCCUGGAGGGCAUCGGUGCAGAGCAGAGAGGAAGGUACAGGUAGUGGCGGUUCCCUGCUUAGGGAUCUGACCAUAGUGUAGGGGGCAGGGCACCAGGAGGAGCCGUUCUUCCUGUUCGGCCAGAUUGGGGCGGGGCUUCCCUCCCUCCCUUCUGUCUUUGCAGUUCCUAGGGCAGCAGCUGGACAGCCAUUUAGUCCUCAGUGCCAGGGUACUCUUCCUCCAGCUGGGAUCUGUGGCUGCCGGCUGCGUGUGCCUCUUGGCUUGUGCCCCACACCUGCCCCCUUUUGUAUCUUCUAACGUCAGGAUACUACCUGGACUUCUCAGUAGCAAGGCAGGGGCCUUAGUAGGAACACAAAUGGCUGUCCUUUGGCCGUGUUCCGUGACUAAAGCUAGUACUCAGCCUGUUUUGCUUUUUCAAGGGGACACUCAGGAUGCUCAAGAUUAAAAAAAAAAAAUCGCCCAUCAUUUGCACAAAUUUCCAUAUCAUGCUAAGUUCUGAUUCCAUAUUUGAUUGUGUUCCAAGCUUCAUUAUAUUCAGAUACAACCUUGAGGGCAUUAGAAAGAUAGUUUUAUAUCAAAUUCAAAUGGUAAUGGGCACAGUCUGGAGUCCUCUCAGGAGCCUCUUUUUUCCUGUAACCUCCCUGUUGGUUGAGUCCCAUUGGGGUUGGGGUGGCAGUGAAUGACAGCUCUGCAUCUGAGAACUCUUGGCUCCCUUCUGGCUGUCACCCCAUCCUCGAUAGGCUGCUAUCAGUUGCCAGCCUGUUCUUGCUCUCCCCUUCAAAGCAGGCCACCCGCCAUCCAUGAUACUGGCCUGCCCCAUCUCUCAGUGUCCCCACCUCUCACUCCCAUGCACGGCUGCUGUGGGUCUUGUUUUCUAGACCUCACUGUGGGAGAUCCAGGCAUCCUCCCUGAGCCAGCUGGGUGCUGUGCCAAGGCCUGUUCAGAGUUAAUAAUAAUCAUUAGUUGAAUGGUGCUGGGGCCUUUCAGCUCCAGAGCUCUAAGCACUUCCAGGCUGAGUCAGUCAGCCUUCCCCUUCCCCCUCUCCCCGGGCUUUGGAGUGUAACAGCAUGGGGAGGCACUGUGGGAGAGGAAGGAAUCAGGAUGCUUGCUGCCUGGCUAUGCCAGAGGCUUUUCUCCUGAGAGUAAGCAGUCAGGCCAAGAUACAGAGAAUACAGUGCUCAGCCGAGACGGCCAUGGCUGUGGCAACUGAUAACCCCACGCCUCUAGUACUCCUGUGUACCUGCCUUGGCUUCUGGGGGGCACUUCACCUGAAUGCCCUUAUGCAAGUCUUGAGAGCAAGAAAGUUUCUGGGCUGGUACCCCCACAAUGCCCUGGCCUGUGAUUGGCAGAGAGCAUGAGUGUCCUGAACCGGAAGGUGUGGCAGCCUGGGAAAGCUGCUUCAGGAGCGUCUCAGCUCCUGACUCUGGGUGGCACAGCCAACUGCUUCUCAUCUUACCUCACAGGGAUGUUGUGAGGAUUCCACAAGAGAGCGAAGGUCAAAGUAUUAAACGAAUGCAAAACAGA